AUGGGGUAUCUGAAUUCGGUAUUAUCAUCUACCAGCCAAGUUCAUGGUGAUGAUGGGCCCGUUAGCGGUGGCGGUCUUAGUCAAAACAGAAAGUUCAGCUAUGGAUAUGCAAGCUCCCCUGGGAAGAGGGCAUCGAUGGAGGAUUUCUAUGAGACAAGAAUUGAUGGUGUGGAUGGAGAGAUAGUUGGUCUUUUCGGAGUCUUUGAUGGUCAUGGGGGUGCUCGAGCUGCAGAGUAUGUUAAACAAAACCUUUUCAGUAAUUUGAUCAGGCAUCCAAAGUUUAUUUCUGAUACCAAAUUGGCAAUAGCUGAUGCAUACAGCCAUACCGAUUCAGAAUUUCUGAAAUCAGAUAAUAGUCAGAACAGAGAUGCUGGCUCAACUGCUUCCACUGCUAUCCUUGUUGGCGAUCGUUUGCUGGUUGCUAAUGUUGGGGAUUCGAGAGCUGUUAUUUGCAGGGGUGGUAAUGCCUUUGCUGUUUCUCGAGACCACAAGCCCGACCAAACUGAUGAACGACAACGGAUUGAAGAUGCUGGAGGGUUUGUCAUGUGGGCAGGAACUUGGAGAGUUGGUGGUGUACUUGCUGUUUCUCGUGCAUUUGGUGAUAGACUUUUGAAGCAGUAUGUUGUUGCGGAUCCAGAAAUUCAGAUAGAGAGGGAGAGAAAGAUGGAUACCUUUGAUUGUUGUUGGGGUGUUGCCAGAGAUGCUGGCGUCAUCUAUGGCGUGGGCUGUUGUGCAUGGCUGGUCAUUGGUGAGGGAGGGAGGGAGAGAUACACAGUGGCUGGUAGAGGUAGUGUGGAUGAGGAAAAGGUAGACAGCUCCCUUGAAUUUCUUAUCCUUGCAAGUGAUGGAUUAUGGGACGUAGUCACGAAUGAGGAAGCAGUCUCAAUGAUCAAACAAAUUGAUGAGCCUGAGGAGGCAGCAAAGAGGCUGAUGCGGGAAGCAUACCAGAGAGGCAGCGCAGAUAAUAUUACUAUUGUUGUUGUUCGUUUCUUGGCCAACCAAGAGGGAUCUUCUCAUAGUGGCUCUGGUUAA